GAUUUGCUCAUUACUAAGAGCACUCCCUUGAAGGUGAUAGGUUUUUGUUUGUUUGUUUGUUUUGGUACCAGGGAUUGAACUCGGGUCCUUGUGCUUUGAAGGCAGAUGGCGGAACCACUGAGCUAAAUCCCCGCCCCAAAGGUGAUAGGUUUUGAAGGAAGUUCUGAAGAGACUCAUCUCGGGACUAGGCAGGUGGUGAUCACAGACGAAGAGACCUCAGAAGAGUCUUAUCGGAUUCCAGGCAGGACUGAGGCCAGCAUGGGGUAAACGCAAGAGUAAGAACUGGGAAUAGGAAGACCCCUACCCGGAAGCCAUUCUUGAAGAGAAACCAUGGGCCUGAGCAGUAGCCUGUCUGACCAGGAGCCAGCAGAGCCCUGCAAGCCUCAAGAGGAACGCCGCGCUCCUACCACGGACACCUGCCAGGUUGAAAGGAUUGUUGACAAAAGGAAAAACAAAAAAGGGAAGACCGAGUACCUGGUGCGGUGGAAAGGCUAUGACAGCGAGGAUGACACGUGGGAGCCCGAGCAGCACCUGGUCAACUGUGAGGAGUACAUCCACGACUUCAACCGGCGCCACAGCGAGCGGCAGAGGGAGAGCGCGCUCCCGAGGGCCAGCAGGGCCUCUCCCAGCAACGCCCGGAAGCAGAUUUCCAGGUCCACCAGCAGCGGCUUCUCCAAGUCCGCCCCGGAGGCACCGGUGAUGGGCAGGGACCCCGAGUCCAGGAGCAGUGCGCUGCUCGCAGCCAGCCAGAAGCUCAGGAGAAGCACGGCAUCCGCCCUGCCCAGCCGGAAGAGCAUGGACCUUGCAAAGUCGGGGAUCAAGAUCCUCGUGCCCAAGAGCCCCACUAAGAGCAGGACCGCUGUGGACGGCUUUCCGAGCGAGGGCCCUGGGAAGCUGGACUCCGUCGAGCAGGGUCCCGAGGACUCGGGGGCGCCAGAAGUGGCGGCAGAGAAGCCCGUGGGAGCUCUGUUGGGCCCUGGGGCGGAGCGGGCCAGGAUGGGGAGCAGGCCCCCGAUACACCCGCUGGUGCCUCAGGCGCCGGGCCCCGUGACUGCAGCCAUGGCCACAGGCUUGGCCGUCAACGGAAAAGGUACGUCUCCGUUCAUGGAUGCGCUCACAGCCAAUGGAACAACCAACAUACAGACGUCUGUUACAGGAGUGACAGCCGGGAAAAGGAAAUUUAUUGACGACAGAAGAGACCAGCCUUUUGACAAGCGGUUGCGUUUCAGUGUGAGGCAAACAGAGAGUGCCUACAGAUACAGAGAUAUUGUCGUCUGGAAGCAGGAUGGCUUCACCCACAUCUUGUUGUCCACAAAAUCAUCAGAGAAUAACUCACUAAAUCCAGAGGUCAUGAAAGAAGUCCAGAGUGCUCUGAACACGGCCGCGGCCGAUGACAGCAAGCUGGUGCUGCUCAGCGCAGUCGGCAGCGUCUUCUGCUGCGGUCUCGACUUUAUUUAUUUCAUACGGCGUCUCACAGAUGACCGGAAAAGAGAAAGCACUAAAAUGGCCGAGGCGAUCAGAAACUUCGUGAAUACUUUCAUUCAGUUUAAGAAGCCUAUUAUUGUAGCAGUAAAUGGCCCAGCCAUUGGACUAGGAGCAUCCAUAUUGCCUCUUUGUGAUGUGGUUUGGGCUACUGAAAAGGCUUGGUUUCAAACACCCUAUGCUACCUUCGGACAGAGUCCAGAUGGCUGCUCUACCGUUAUGUUUCCCAAGAUUAUGGGAGGAGCAUCUGCAAAUGAGAUGUUGCUCAGCGGGCGGAAGCUGACAGCACAGGAGGCGUGCGGCAAGGGCCUGGUGUCCCAGGUGUUCUGGCCGGGGACCUUCACCCAGGAAGUCAUGGUUCGCAUCAAGGAGCUCGCCUCGUGUAAUCCCGUUGUGCUGGAGGAGUCCAAGGCACUUGUGCGAUGUAACAUGAAGCUGGAGCUGGAGCAGGCCAACGAGAGGGAGUGCGAGGUGCUGAAGAAGAUCUGGGGCUCAGCGCAGGGCAUGGACUCCAUGUUGAAGUACUUGCAGAGGAAAAUCGACGAGUUCUGAUCGGUGGCCAUGCGUUGGGGACACUAGAGCUGGCCUGAGCGGGACGUCGGCGGCUGCAGUUGCCAUGGUCCAUCCUCACGGUCUGAAACACGCUCACCCGUAGCUCAUCCUUGGAAGCAGGACUGGAGACAUCCGAGCUACUUCCGAGGAGCUUUUCAGUCCUCUACCUUUAAAAUAAAUAACUACAAAGCUCUUUUGUCCAAACAGCAUUAUUUUAUACUUAUCCACACACAAGUGUAAAAGCGGAGUGGUGAGCACUAGACUGCUCUCGGAAACUCGCUCUUUGUUUCCUUUGGCUGGUACUGUAUAAAAGAGAAUUGUGUUUUGUUCUUUGGGUGACAGGAAAGUCUGGAGUGUUUGUUUUCCUCAUUUUUCCCUCCUAAAAGCCAGCCUCACCUUCUGUGCCCCGCAUAGAGAUACAAAGAUCUGGGAUGUUUCCUUUGCCUCCAAGGAGCCAGGCACAGAUACUUCCGAGAUGCAGAAUUCUAAAUUAGAAGCAAAACUCAGCUUCUAGGAAAAGUGUUUCCUGGGACGGACUUAGGCACUUAGGGUUCAUUCCAAAGCACCCUUGGGUUCCCCCUUCUUUCCUGGUAUGUCCACUUCUUACCCAGUUAACAUGAGGAAACCACUGUCUCUAGAAGAAAGCCUGUUUUGCAGUAUUAGUGAGUCGCUCACUAGGUUAACAAUGAAUAUCUAAGUUACAAGGUAGUCCUAGUGGGCUUUAAGUAGUUUUUCUGACCUUUUUGGAAAAUAACUCCAUUAAGUGCUUCUUGUUGCUGGGUGAGAAAUACUACUUUAUAUACAGUUUUGGGUUUCUAUCUGCAGACAUGAUUGAUGUAUUACACCCAAUAAAAGUAUUUUUGUGUUUAUAAAGUGUAAUUUUUAGGUUCACUUAGAAUAUAUUUUAUUUACUAAGUUAAAAUUCUUCUGACACACUAUUAAAUACAGAAAGUCCUUUCCAAACAAAAAGAACUACCUUUAGUCGACACUUAAACUGCUCUCGGUCCUCACUCUUCCUGCACGCCACGUGCUAUGCACGGCACGGGGCUGAGAGCACCCGGUGGGAUAGGGCGCCCCCUGCAGGAGGGGGGCUGAUUCCCGACUGCAGAAGCCUGUGAGUGGCUGGGGUUCUGGGUUUGCAAUCAUAUUGAAUGUAUGAAGAAUGACAUAAAAUCAAAACCUUAUUUUUGUACAGUUUUGAAAUUUAUACUUAGAACUGACCAACUCCCCGGCCACACGGAGAGCUGUAUAGUGUGUAAAUCUGCCUUUACCUUGGAUCGAUUGGUACAGUAUUUUUGCAUCUGUGGGACCUACUUUUUCGUUCAGUAGUUUGAACUAUAUAUAAACUGUACAAUCUGUAAAGGUUUUAUAGAACAAAUAUUCAGCUGUGAAAACUGGUUAAAUAAACUAAUAUUUCUUAACACA